AUGGAGCCGGCCCGGGAGCCCCCAGCGCGGGCCCGGCCGCCGCCGCCGCCCCCAGCCUCCCGGCCCGCGCCCGCCCCCGCGGCGCCCAGGCCGCGCUCGCCGGCCGAGGCGGAGGGCCGCGGUCCCGAGGGGCUGCUGCGGCGAUCCGGGUCGGGCUACGAGGGCAGCACCAGCUGGAAAGCGGCCUUGGAGGACACCACCACGCGUCUCCUGCUGGGGGCCAUCGCCGUCCUUCUGUUUGCCAUCCUGGUGGUGAUGAGCAUCUUGGCUUCCAAGGGCUGCAUCAAGUGCGAGGCGCCCUGUCCGGAGGACUGGCUGCUCUACGGGAGGAAAUGCUACUUCUUUUCUGAGGAACCGAGAGACUGGAACACGGGCAGGCAGUACUGCCGCACCCACGACGCCGUGCUGGCUGUGAUUCAGAGCCAGAAGGAGCUGGAAUUCAUGUUCAAGUUCACACGGAGAGAGCCCUGGAUUGGUCUGCGCAGAGUUGGGGACGAAUUCCACUGGGUCAAUGGGGACCCAUUUGAUCCAGACACGUUCUCCAUCUCCGGCCCCGGGGAGUGCGUCUUCGUGGAGCCCACCAGGCUGGCGUCGACGGAGUGCCUGAUGACCCGGCCCUGGGUGUGCAGCAAGACGGCCUACACGUGAGGUGGGUCCAGUCCCGGGCAGCCCUGCAGCCGGCUCCUCUCCAAGGCGCAGCAGUGAGGACGGGCCCUCGGCCUCUGGGCUCCUCGGCCACGGGCAGGUCCCGUGGCUCAGCCGGCGCGUCCCACACGCUCAGCAGCACCGCGGGCACCUGUUCCCCUGGAUGCGCUGACACAUUCACGGGCAUGGUCCUCGCUCAUGUUCAGCGUCCCCCUUAGGCACCCCAACGCGUCCCUCCUUGGCCCCACGCUGGAACCUUCCUUCCUCUGGAGGCGCCGUGAGGAAGGCCGGGGGCUGAUCCAGCCUGAGCUGCUGCCCGCACAGACCCCUGCCUCCUCCGCCGCGGGAGGGGGGUGCAAGAAGGGAAGCCCCCUCCUUGCCUUGCUCUGCCCGGGGUCUCAGGCAGGCCCCUGCUGUGUCCCUGGUGCUGCUGUGUUGGUCCCCAAUGGAAUAAAAAGAUGACUGGCA